AUGAAAUCGGCCAAAAGAAGUCAACUCGUCCAGGUCCUGGAUUCUGCGCCGACCAUAUGGCAAAAUGGCAGGGUUAAGAUCGUUCGUAUUGCUGACAAUGCUGUCGUCAAGUAUGGAUAUGACGUUAAGCUUAGAGAAGCUAGGGCUAUGGCAUUCGUGGCUCAGCAUACCACAAUCCGGCUUCCACAGCUUUUCGAUGCGUGGAUGGAACACGGGGACAAAGACCUGGAUGGUGAAACUGAGAUUUGCUUCAUCGUUAUGAGUUACAUAGACGGACGGUUGCUUGACGAGAUCUGGCCCGAACUAGAUGAUGUCCAUCGGGACGAUAUCCAACAGCAAUUGCAUUAUUUUAUAUGUGAACUCCGCCAAACCGAGAGCGAAUACCCAGGGCCGAUUGGUGGUGGUGUGUGCGAAGGUGCUUUCUUUACUGACUAUGGUGCCGGGCCUUUUACCUCAAAGGAGGAAAUGGAGGCGUGGUUUGAUGAAAGACUUGCUGUCUGCCGUGAUUUUGGCGUUGCAAAGCAAGCGCAGCGAGAGUUUCGCGGGGAGUUCCAGCGCCUGGUCAUGUGUCACAUGGAUCUACACCAACGCAAUAUUAUCAUCGAUUGUCAUGGGAGGGCUUGGUUAAUUGACUGGGGCUACGCAGGAAUGUAUCCAGCAUAUUUUGAAACGGCCACCACUACAAAGCAUAGCAGAGAACCAUACUUUGCACACCUAUUGGAUCUACUAGGGGAUAGCGAGGCGGUUGGUCGCCUGUUUGCAAUAUCCUUUGCAUUGACUACGGGAGCAUUUUGCAAACCUCGCCUUAGUUCUGACCCUCCUUUGGCCCUUGCUUAA